CGCACAGUGCCAUAAUGGCACACCGAUAUCUGCAUCUGUCAAGAGGCUGCAGGAACCUUCUUCACACUCUGCUGCCGAAUGUCAGAUCAACAAACCGCUUUCAGUCGGUCCAAGGUGUUGGACAAAUUGUCCUAGACAGAAGAUCCUUGCUCUCUCAGGUCUUGGGCACUUAUAGAAGAUUAAGCUCCAAACCUCCUAAAGGUUUUGAAAAAUACUUCCCUAAUAAUAAAAAUGGGGGUCCAAAAAACAGUGAGCCCACGCCAUCCAACGCUGAAGUCAAGGAGGCCAAACCAACCAAUUCUCAGAAAACCACAGGUGGAGGUGGAGGUGGAAGUAGUGGAGGAGGAAAACGAGGGGGACGGAAAGAUGAAUCCACCUGGCAAAGCCGUAUUCAAAAGGGUGAAUUUCCUUGGGAUGAUAAAGAGUUUCGUAUGUAUUUCCUGGGUGGAACAGCCUUCUGGCUAGCUAUGGGCUAUUAUUUCUUCAUUCGAGAUGGAGGAAGGGAGGUCACAUGGAAAGACUUUGUCAAUAGUUAUCUUGCAAAAGGAGUGGUUGACAGGUUGGAGGUUGUAAACAAGCGAUAUGUAAAAGUCAUCUUUACUCCUGGUAAAACUCCAGUUGACGGGCAAUAUGUAUGGUUCAACAUCGGCAGUGUGGACACAUUUGAGCGGAACUUGGAGACGGCUCAGCUGGAGCUGGGCAUUGAAGGAGAAAACAGACUGCCAGUGGUCUAUUCUGCUGAAAGUGAUGGUUCGUUCCUCCUCAGCAUGUUGCCCACCGUCCUGAUCAUUGGGUUCCUGCUGUUCAUGUUGAGGAGAGGGCCAGCAGGGGCAGGGAGGCCUGGCAGGGGAAUGGGUGGACUCUUCAGUGUCAGCGAAACCACUGCCAAAGUACUACGAGACGAGAUCGACGUCAAGUUCAAGGAUGUGGCCGGCUGUGAGGAGGCCAAGCUGGAGAUCAUGGAGUUUGUCAACUUCCUUAAGAACCCAAAGCAGUACCAGGAUUUGGGUGCCAAAAUUCCAAAGGGGGCCAUUUUGACUGGACCCCCAGGCACAGGAAAGACUUUACUAGCCAAGGCCACUGCAGGAGAGGCCAAUGUCCCCUUCAUCACUGUGAAUGGGUCAGAGUUCUUGGAGAUGUUUGUAGGAGUUGGACCGGCCAGGGUACGGGAUCUUUUUGUAUUAGCACGGAAGAAUGCCCCAUGUAUUCUCUUCAUAGAUGAGAUUGAUGCUGUGGGAAGAAAGAGAGGCCGAGGGAACUUCGGUGGACAGAGUGAACAAGAGAACACACUCAACCAGUUACUAGUGGAGAUGGAUGGUUUUAACACUGCUACUAAUGUUGUAGUGCUGGCUGGCACAAACAGACCAGAUAUUCUAGAUCCAGCUCUAAUGAGGCCUGGACGCUUCGAUAGACAGAUAUAUAUCGGACCACCGGAUAUCAAAGGUAGAGCUUCCAUAUUCAAAGUCCACCUGAGACCAUUAAAGCUGGAAGCAGAGCUGGACAAGGAAGCUCUAGCACGAAAAAUGGCUGCUCUAACACCUGGUUUUUCAGGUGCGGACAUCGCUAAUGUGUGCAAUGAGGCUGCACUAAUUGCAGCUCGCCACCUUUCUGAUGCCAUCAACCAAAAACAUUUCGAGCAAGCCAUUGAAAGAGUAAUUGGGGGUCUUGAAAAGAAGACUCAGGUCCUCCAGCCAGAGGAGAAGAAGACAGUAGCCUAUCAUGAGGCUGGUCAUGCUGUAGCCGGCUGGUUUCUUGAGCACGCUGACCCCUUGCUUAAAGUGUCCAUUAUCCCACGUGGAAAGGGUUUAGGCUACGCCCAGUAUUUGCCCAAAGAGCAGUAUCUGUACACCAAGGAGCAGCUGCUGGACAGGAUGUGCAUGACUCUGGGAGGACGUGUGUCUGAGGAGAUCUUUUUCGGCCGAAUUACCACAGGGGCGCAGGAUGACCUGAAGAAGGUGACACAGAGUGCCUAUGCACAGAUUGUGCAGUUUGGCAUGAAUGAGAAGGUGGGACAGGUGUCGUUUGACCUGCCUCGGCAAGGAGAGCUUGUUCUAGAGAAACCCUACAGUGAGGCCACGGCACGUCUUAUUGACACUGAGGUCAGAAAUCUCAUCAGCACAGCAUACGAGCGAACGCAACAACUGCUCUCUGACAAGAAGCCUGAGGUGGAGAAGGUGGCACUGCGUCUUCUAGAGAAGGAGGUUCUGGACAAAAACGACAUGGUUGAGCUGCUGGGCAAAAGGCCGUUUGCUGAGAAGUCAACUUAUGAGGAGUUUGUGGAGGGAACGGGUAGUGUGGAUGAGGACACAUCGCUGCCGGAGGGCCUGAAGGACUGGAAUAAGGAGCGCGGCAGUGAGAAGGAGGAGAGCACUGAAGAGCAGGUGGCCCGGCAGAUCACUGGCGGGAUGCCCUUCUGAGCACACCCAUCCACCCGGACCACUGACGGUCAGAGCACUUAUUUAUCAGACGAGAAGCGCUAAUCUGACAGACACUGAGGCAAGUAAACUGUUCCUGAAGGGAGCCGGGUUUACUCUGUAGUGAGGGUUGGACUUGCGUUGUGUACAGUAGGGUGUUUGUGAAAUAUAAACUUGGGCUGAAGUUCAGCAAAAUCAUCAGAAAGCAUCUUCUUUUGAAGAUGUGGAGUGUUUUAUUUGACACAUCAGCGCUUUGCCAAAAAAAAAAAAAGAAGUAACAAUAAGGCUAAAGCGCUGUAGAUUGACUGGAAAAUUCUCUCUAGUCAUUUCAAUUUUGUUAUUCAAUGACCAAGAAGAUGUGCUAAUAUCUAUCUACAUUCAACAGAAAUCAUCUGUGAGCUUUGCCUCUGAUAUGCACAGCGAUGUUGUCUCUAUUUCUGUACAUUUACUGUAGAUUCCAGUUCAAAACUGCCGCCGUUUUGUGACCUUACAUGCAGGUCCGUUUGCAGUGCUGCUUGCUAAAAGACUGAAAUCUACAAUCAUGAAUGUUAUGAACUGUGCACACAUUCACUCGGGUUGACUGACAUACUCUUCUCUCACCGAUUCUUGCACUGGCAUGGGCAUCGGCCUUUGGUUAUCCAUGUUACUUUAUGUGUUUAUGAACACGUCCUUUAAUUGAACAUCAUUUUUUGAAGCCUUUUUUUUCCGUUGAAGCUUGUUUAGUUGAUUUACAAGCAAGGCAGCUGCUCUCUGUGGUGCAGAUCGAUUCAACUGUUCAAAUUGGAUUAAUUGUACUCUACACAGGCUGCAUUUGUGUGAAAGAAGAUGUAGACGCAGUUCAUUAUGUUGGUGAUGAGCUUAUGAAGGUGUGUGAUUCUGACAGUAUAUUCUGUAUUUAUUCAACAGUACAAAUCCAAGCUUUGAGGAUGAUAACAACAUAAUCUUAGUUUUCAGCAAGACAUCAGCAGGUAUACUACACCUAAAUGUGUAUUUUGUUCUGUGAAAAAAAAUGUCCAGAAUCUGAAUAAAUCCACAUAAACUUCAA